CCUUAAUGCUCCCGGCUCCCACCCCGCCCUCCCCGGUGACUUAAGAACAGCGCGGAAAAAAUCAGCUAAGAGGCCUUGGUGGUUCCUUGGGGCACGUGAUGGCUGCUUCUGGGACGCUGAGCACUUUCCGUCUUCCGCCGUUGCCCACGAUUCGAGAAAUCAUUAAGUUGUUCAAGCUGCAAGCAGUGAAGCAGCUAUCCCAGAACUUUCUCCUGGACUUGAGGCUGACAGAUAAAAUUGUAAGGAAAGCUGGCAAUCUGACAAAUGCUUAUGUUUAUGAAGUGGGCCCUGGGCCAGGGGGAAUCACAAGAUCCAUUCUCAAUGCCAAUGUGGCUGAACUUUUGGUGGUUGAAAAGGAUAGUCGAUUUAUUCCUGGAUUACAGAUGCUUUCCGAUGCAGCACCUGGAAAACUGAGAAUUGUCCAUGGAGAUGUGUUGACAUAUAAGGUAGAAAGGGCUUUUCCAGAAAGUCUUAAAAGACGGUGGGAAGAUGAUCCUCCAAAUGUACAUAUUAUUGGAAAUCUGCCCUUUAAUGUAUCGACUCCACUGAUUAUCAAGUGGCUUGAAAAUGUUUCUUGUAGAGAUGGACCUUUUGUUUAUGGCAGAACCCAGAUGACAUUGACUUUUCAAAAGGAAGUGGCAGAGAGACUUACAGCCAGUACAGGAAGCAAACAGCGCAGUCGCCUUUCCGUCAUGGCCCAGUACCUGUGCAACGUUGAGCACAUCUUGACCAUUCCAGGUCAGGCUUUUGUCCCUAAGCCAGAGGUGGACGUGGGUGUGGUGCGCUUCACGCCCCUGACGCGGCCCCAGAUCGAGCAGCCUUUCAAGCUGGUGGAGAGAGUUGUGCAGAAUGCAUUUCAGUUCCGGAGGAAAUACUGCUAUCGAGGCCUGGGAAUGUUAUUCCCUGAAGUUCAGCGCGUGGAGAGCACUGAGAAACUGCUAGAGUUGGCGGACGUGGACCCUACCCUUCGACCCAGCCAGCUCUCUGUUUCCCAUUUUAAAAGCCUCUGUGAUGUGUACCGGAAAAUGUGUGAUGAAGACCCACGCCUCUUUACUUAUAAUUUCAGAGAAGAACUCAAGCAAAAUAAAAGCAACAACCCGGAAAAAGAGAACGACCAGGAGAGAUCCAGACUAUAGCUGCUGCUUCGGCGGCGAGCAGCUUUCCAGAUGCUGCUUUUCACAGUGUUGAGCUGCUCACACGUGUACUCUGUGGCCUAUGGACGGACAAUAAAAAUACGAUUUCCA